CAAUAUCACACACACACACACACACACACACACCACUUUUGGAAGCAAACCACUGAGGUGAAGUGGCGGCGGAAGAGAGAGAAAGCUCAGAGAGAGAGAGAGAGAGAGAGAGAGAGAGAGCGCUGAACCUUGGGAACUUGGUUUUCGCUAGACAGAUCUCAAAUCAUUUGAUUCUCAUCCAUUUUCUCAGCUUUUCCAUACCCUUCUCUUUGUUGAAGGUAUUGGAGAUUCGAUGUGUCGAUUUUACGGCCUUUGUUAGUUAAGGUGGACGAGAAGACUGAUGAUUAUACACGCUUUAUUCACUGAUUCGAUUCGAUCGAUCACUUCGUCGCUUGCAUGGGAGCAGAGGUUGUAUGGGAUGCUAUUCCAAACCCACACCAGUUAUUGCUGUGGAUGCGCCAGCAAAGGAGCUCAGAAUUGGGCAGAGGGUGAGGAAAAGCAGUGCAUAUGAAGAUUUUUGGAGCACCAGCACAUAUGAGAUGGACAAUAACGCUGUUCAUUCUCAGAGAAGCAUCUCAUCUAUCAGCGUGUCAAACGAGAGCCUGAGUAGUGGCACUGGCAUCUCUAGCAACCAUUCUGAAUUCGUAAAUCAUGGCCUUCUUCUCUGGUAUCAGACCAGGCUUCAGUGGAUUGGAAAUAAAAGGUCUAAGAACCAUGGACAAGUCCGUGAACCUAGAUUGAGUUGGAAUGCUACUUAUGAGAGCUUGCUUAGUACUAACAAACGUUUCACCCAACCAAUCCCACUCUCUGAAAUGGUAGAAUUUUUAGCGGACAUCUGGGAGCAUGAGGGCUCAUGCGAUUGAAGAACUCCGGAUACUAUAUUUAACUAUCUUCUUACGUGUGGAAGUGCCACUAUCUUUUUUAAGUUAACUCUUCAGUACUAAAUCAAGUAAACUGUUCUGCUAAUCUAUAACAGAGAAGAAAAAAGAGAUAAAGAGUUGUAUGUUGAUUUGCAAUAUCACAGACCUAUUCCUUUCCUAUAUAUGCCUACUUGAACAUGUCUUCCAACUGCAUAUGACCCAAGUAUGGAAGCAUGUGUCUUUGGAUGGGAUAGUUUUAUGGUUAAUAAUAAAGGAAUAAGUAUGCAGCAUGGUGUUGAUCCAAA